AUGUCAGGAAUUAAUAACCUGCUGAUUCUUUUUCCCCUUCCUCUUUGGCUGCCUUUUUUAUUUGCUUUUUUCCUUCUCUCUCAAAUCUCUCUUUCUCUCCUAGAAUCACUCUUUUACAGUUUUUUACCUCUCAUUGCAUCACUCUCUCCCUUUUUUUUUUCUCCUUUCAUUGUAUCACUCUGUUUUUUUUUUCCCCACUCUGAUCACAUCACUAUCAGUUUCUCUUACCUCUCGAGUCUCGAGUCGCACUCUCUGUCUGUCUUACCUCUCGAGUCGCACUCUCUGUCUGUCUUACCUCUCGAGUCGCACUCUGUUGGACAAACUGACACAGACUCUCCUCUUUAUGACCAUCCUCCAGUUCGGCAUGCACCUGAAGACUAUGAUGUGCCACCUCCCAGAAACCUUAAUACCAGUGGUUCUAACCAACAUCUUGAAGCCAACUAUGACACAUUACCCAAAGAAAAGACGGAUUCCACAUCAAACCAACCUAUUUACAAUUCUCCUCCAAAUCGGAUAACUGAUUCCCUGAACAGCUUUCUUCCAGAUGCAGAGACAUAUGAUGUUCUGCCAUCUAAUCGCUCAAGUAUGGCCUCCUUUGUAUCAACAGAAUCAACGAUGACACUUUCUAGUAGUGCAUCAAACCUAAGUCUUCCUCGUUCCUCAAACACAUCGAGUCUCUGUGAUUCUGCACGAUCUAGCCUGGAUGUUUCAGCUUUUUACGAUGUGCCACCAGACCAUGGGCACAUGAUGCGACAGCAGUUUAACGAUUCUGUCUUGGAUCUUUACGAUACACCACCGUCACGUUCCAAAAACUCUCCAUCAAACUCAUCUCUCAUCGAAGAUUAUGAUAUCCCAAAGUCAGCUUACGAUGACUACGAUAUCCCACCAGUGGAACCAUCAAACUUCGACAUGCCAUCGCUGGUCUUUGAGCAUGCCCUAGAUGAGCUCUAUGACAUUCCGAAAAGCAAUGCACCUGUUUCUGAAGGUGUCGACCGGUCAUUUGGUUCUUUGACUUCAAAUAAAGGUGGCUCAACAACCAUUUAUGAUAUUCCUCCGCAGGUCUCCAGAGAUUCAAUGCUCUCAGCAAAGUCUGACUCUUCAGAUGGUCAGGACGUUGGGAGGUUGUCGUCUUGUAGCACCGAUUCUCGAGGGUCUGAUAUUCCAAUCUACAACGAACUUCCCCUCUCGCUGGAUGCAGCCAUGGAGCUAUUGGUCAAGCGUCGACAGAGCGUCCAGAAAGCGAUCUUCAAAAUGUCUAGUUUCAUCAGUAGCACGUGGCGUCUGAAACAGAAUUUGGAACCGAAACUCUACGAGAUUCAAAUGGCUUGCAAUGGAGUGAAGACAAGUUUAUCUGAUUUUGUUGAAUUUGCUGAGGGCACGCUAGCCAACUCAGUGAAAACCUGUGACUCUAAGCUUGCCAACAAGCUCUACAAACUUUUGAGCCCAAUACAAAAAGCAUUGCAACAAGUUAUUGUUAGCUGCAAGAAACUUGAUGAAAUCAACUGGCAGAUCACUCUCCUGGUGAGCAGUGAGGUUUCCAAAGAUGAUGAUUUAGGCAAGAUUGCUACUCUGUCCAAAGAAUUACCUCACGAUGUGCGUAAUCUUGCUUCUUUUAUUCAGGGCAAUGCAGUUCUUCUCUUCAAAACUGCAGCCGACACCUCUGGUUCUAAAAUGGAACUCUCUAAGCAUGAGAAACCUUCUGGGAAGACUGGUUUUGAGUCUAUUCCCGCAAGGGCACUGAAUCGACGUCAUAGCAGCGAUAGUGUCCAAAACCGUCCUCUUCCGCCUCCACCACCAGUAAAUCGGCCACUGCCUCCGACACCAAAUCAAUUCUCAAAGCCAUGGAUGUCUAACAGGCUUCCUAGCAAGGAACUGAAUAAGAUUAAGAAAAAAAAUGAUGAUGGUGACACUGAUUCAGUUGAUUCUAUAGAUUAUGACUAUGUCCAGCUUGAGACACACGACAAAAAUCCCGAGAAGAUUGCACCAACAUCUUCCCAACCCCCCGAGCCCCACAAGAAGCAAAAUAUUUAUAGUAGCAAAAUUACACCAGAUACUAGCAAAGUACCAACUAUAAACGAAAGAAUCGCAGCAGAAAAACUGGCCGAAUCUGAAUCCUCUCUUGAAGCAGCUAUCAAUUCCAUGCAAAGGGGAAUUGCAAGUAUUAGUGAUCCACCAGCGCCAUCAUUUCCAGAAACAACAGACGCUGCAAAAACGGACUCUGCUGUUCUGACAUUGCUAGCAGACAAAACGGAAUACUCGAAAGAGAUCGAGAGUAUCAGCAAAGGGCUUGACUAUGUUGCACUCUCCAAGUCACUCGACAUUGACUUUGAAAAAGAACUGAAAACCCCAACAAACAUAAAUGAAAAUAUGAAUGAUAUAAUGUCCUUCACGAAUGUCAAUGUGAUCACGCCCGAAAAGCCGCUCACGCAGCAGAAACGGCUGGACCCUAAUGACCGACAAGUUCUACUCUAUUACUAUGAACAGAUUGAAACACACUACACGCUACUGAGCAAUUCUAUCGAGGCAUUUUAUAAUUGCAUCGACAGCAUCCAGCCACCAAAGGUGUUCAUUUCAAAUAGUAAAUUUGUCGUACUUUCAGCCACAAAGUUGGUAUACAUCGUAUUACUCUCAUUUUAUAACUGUUGGCAUUUCAUACAACUCCCUUUGUUUUCUUUCUCUCUUUUACAAAUCUUUCUUUUUUCUUCUUUCCUUUUUCUUCUUUCUCUUUGCUUCCUUUUUCUCUUUCCUUCAUUUUUGCCCUUUUCUUUAUUUUUCCUUUUUUUUCUUUCUCAACUCUUUUCUUCAUUUUUGCUCUUUUCUUUAUUUUUCCCUUGUCUUCUUUUCUUCAUUUUUUCUUUUUCUUUUUCAUUCAUUUUUUUAUAUUUUCUUUUUUUCAUUCAUUUUUUUGACAGUUUUUUUUUUCAUUUUUUAGUUUUUCUUUUUUUCAUUUUUUUCCCUUUUUCUUUUUCCAUUCAUUUUUUUCCCUUUUUUUUUUUUUCAUUCAUUUUCCCCUUUUAUUUUUCAUUCCUUUUUUCCCCUUUUAUUUUUUCAUUUUUUCCCUUUUCUUUUUUACUUCAUUUUUUUCCCUUUUCUUUUUUACUUCAUUUUUUUCCCUUUUCUUUUUUCAUUUAUUUUUUCCCCUUUUCUUUUUCCAUUCAUUCCUUUUUCCCCUUUUCUUUUUCCAUUCAUUCCUUUUUCCCCUUUUCUUUUUCCAUUCAUUCAUUUUUCCCCUUUUCUUUUUCCAUUCAUUCAUUUUUUCCCCUUUUCUUUUUUCAUUCAUUCAUUUUUCCCCUUUUUCUUUUUCAUUUCAUUUUUCCCUUUUUUUUUUUCAUUUUUUUUCCUUUUUUUUUUUUUCAUUCAUUUUUUCCCCUUUUCUUUUUUCAUUCAUUUUUUCCCCUUUUCUUUUUUCAUUCAUUUUUUCCCCUUUUCUUUUUUCAUUCAUUUUUUCCCUUUUCUUUUUUUUUUUCAUUUUUUCCCUUUUCUUUUUUUCAUUCAUUUUUUUUUCCCUUUUCUUUUUUCAUUCAUUUUUUCCCCUUUUCUUUUUUCAUUCAUUUUUUCCCCUUUUCUUUUUUCAUUCAUUUUUUCCCCUUUUCUUUUUUCAUUCAUUUUUUCCCCUUUUCUUUUUUCAUUCAUUUUUUCCCCUUUUCUUUUUUCAUUCAUUUUUUCCCUUUUCUUUUUUUCAUUCAUUUUUUUCCCUUUUCUUUUUUACUUCAUUUUUUUUUUUUUUUUUUCAUUCAUUUUUUUUCAUAUUUUCUUUUUUUCAUUCAUUUUUUUAAUUUUUUUUUUUCAUUCAUUUUUUCCCCUUUUCUUUUUUCAUUCAUUUUUUCCCCUUUUCUUCUUUCCUUCAAUCUUGUCUUUUCUUUUUCAUUCAUUUUUUCUUCUUUCCUUCAUUCUUAUGUCUUUUCUUCAUUUUUUCCUUUUCCUCAUUUUUCCCUUUUCUUUUUUCAUUCAUUUUUCAUUCAUUUUUUCCCCUUUCUUCUUUCCUUCAUUCUUGUCUUUUCUUCAUUUUUCCCUUUUCUUUUUUCCUUCAUUCUUAUACCAAGGUCAUUUUUUCUAAUUAUUUUCCUCCAGUCCGAAUGGAAAAUUCUUCUUUCUUUUAAUAUUCAGCCGAAGAAGGGGAAAGCUUCCUUGAAACACGCGGUGGUACAAACUCUUGAAACAUCACGUCAUCGUCGUCGUCUUUGUAAAUGUCUUUUUAGUCUCAAACAACACUUAAGAACUUUUCAGCUCUUUUUUUUUUUAUUUACAGUAAAACUUUGUUACAUCAAGUUCUUCUUUCUGGGGAUUCUUAGAGAGGACUUCUUAAACUUUCUCGGAAGAACUUGCUCUUUACUCAAAAGGGAAACUUGCCUUCAGUUAUUUUCUUUCCCUCGCAUCAUUUUCUUUGGGAAACGCUUUGCCAUUUCAAUGAGCGGGAAUUAA